CUGCUGAUCAGACAACCCCUUGGCAAGAAAUCAGACGAACUGUCGAAAAAAUAUUCACGUCUUGUGCGGAAGCAUUAAAAAAAUUUUUAUCACAAAAUUUAAUUCACAUUUUCCUGUAAAUAAUGGCUAGUAAUGCAAGCAAAGUACCCUUCCUGCGUGUUGUCGCUAAACGUGGGUUUGCCGCACAAGCCUGCCCUCGACCACUUGGCAAGGCAGCCGAUGUCCAAUCAAAUGUUCUGCCCAACAAAGUUGUUGUUGCUACUGCCGAGAGUUCGCUGCCAGUAACCAGGGUAUCUGUAGUUUUCCGUGCUGGAUCUCGGAAUGAGAACUAUGACAGUCUUGGUGCCAAUCACAUCAUUCGUAUUGCUGCUGGACUCACAACCAAGUACAGGACUGGUUUCUCAAUCACCAGGAACUUGCAGCAAAUCGGUGGAAGCUUGACUGCUUCCUCAGAUAGGGAACUCCUCACCUACACCAUCGAGACAACCAGCGAUAAGCAGGAAGUUGGAUUAAAGUUGUUACAAGACAUCAUUGCUCCAGCAUUUAAGCCAUGGGAAAUCAGUGAUGUUGCUCCACGCAUUAGGACCCAAGUUGCUGCCGUACCACCACAGAUUCGUGCUGUUGAACUCCUCCAUAGAGCUGCUUUCCGUACAGGACUCGGCAACUCAUUGUACAUCCCCAAGCACAAAAUUGGCAAGAUUUCGAGUGAAACCUUGUUGCACUUUGUUGCUAGCAACUGCACCGCUGGCCGUUGUGCCGUAGUUGGUGUUGGUAUCGACCAAAACACGCUCUCUGGAUUUGCACAGAGCUUGGAGUUGGAAUCUGGCGGUGGCAAGGAUUCACCUUCAAAGUAUUGUGGUGGAGAAAUCCGCAAGGAGAAGGGUGGAGAUCGUGCUGUUGUUGCGGUCGCUGGUGAAGCUGUUUUCGCUAAUCCACAAGAAGCUCUUGCCUACGCUGUUUUGGAACGUGCUUUGGCUCCACAACCCGCUGUCAAAUGGGGCAACACCAACGGAGCAUUGGCUAAGGCUGCAUCGUCGGCUGCUGGUAGCACUCCAGUAUGCAUCAGCGCUUUGAAUGCUACAUACUCUGAUGGAGGUUUGUUUGGAUUCGUUGUUUCUGCUGAUGCUGGCGUUGCCGGAAAGGCCGUUGAAGCUGCCGCUAGGGUAUUGAAGGCUGGCACAGUGUCUGGUGAUGAUGUCAACCGUGGCAAGGCUCUCCUUAAGGCUGACAUUUUGGAAGCUUAUGGAACCGAUGCUGGUUUGAUUGCAACUCUUGGAAACCAAGCUGCCCUCCAGCAAGCAGUUCAAAGCGCUGACAAUAUGCUUGCUGCCGUCGAUUCCCUGUCCCAAUCUGAUAUUCAAUCUGCUGCCCGCAAAGCUGGUUCAUCAAAACUUUCAAUCGGAGCUAUUGGAAACUUGGUCAAUGUUCCAUAUGCAUCUGAUCUGUCUUAAAUGUUAAUCCAACAAAAAACGAAGAUAAAAGUUCAUCAUUCGAUUCCCUCUAAUUUUAAUUUGUAUUUAAAAAAAAAAUCCGAUGUAGCAAAUGAGAGUCUAUUCUAUUCAAAUGUAAAAAAUAUGUUGGCAUAAAUAAAAGCCAAAGAAUAAAAGAAACUUUAAACAGGA